AUGGGGACCUGUGAAUUACUCCCGACGCGCUGCCCCUUUCAUUUUAUUGGAGAUGCCGCUCGAUCCGAACCGCAGCUUGUUCUCGCUCCUCGGGCUGGAAUGGUAAUUGUACAGAAGCAGCGGCAUCGUGUGGCUUCAGUUCGAUACUCCUACUCCUUCCCCAAGGGAGUUUCUGUGUACCAUGCUACGAAGCUAUCUAGGUUUUCCUCUGCCAGUGAGCCUUGUUCGUCUCUGGUACCGCCGGCCUCCUUCACAUCUGUAAAGCGCCGGUGUACCCUCGACGCCGCAUUCCCCGCUCCGUCCGCUCUAUCCGAGGUUACACUGCACAGCCCCGGCGUCACAGAAUGGCUCUCGGUUGCCUGGCCACGAAUACGACCCAGUUGUCGUCAUCGUCGGUUUCUCCGGUUCCCUCUCACCCAGUCGAUAAAUAUCGAAAGCAUAGCCCGGCGAUAUAGGCCAAUAGCGAAAAUACCGCACACGCCCCUAAUCUCGACAGCGACUGCGAAAACCAUACCAAGAUCCCACCGUCCCCUAUCGAAUGACCAACGGGAUGAUAACCGGCCGAUGACUAGUGUGGGUAUGCAUCGCAAGGGCAUCCGCGCAGGUUAUCAGGAAUUGUUGCCGCUGGUGUGGUCUCGCGACGUUAAGAUGCAAUGGCCUGGAUUGCAGAAGCUGGUCGGGAUCGUCUGUGCUGGGUAG